AUGGCCGGCAUCGGCAAGACCCACCUGGCAAAGAGAAUCUUCCAAGACCCGUCAGUUUCAAACCGGUUCGAACUUCGCCUGUGGGUCCCCAUCGGUUCUAGAUACCGGUUAGAAAAAAUCUUGAGGUGUAUCAUGGGUCAAGUGACUGGUGACAGCGAAACUCUUCCAGAGAGGGGAAUGGCCGAGUUUGUUUCUGGAAAACUAAAAAGCAAGACAUACCUUGUGGUGUUGGAUGAUAUAUGGAGCCAUCAGGUUUGGUAUGAGUUGAAAAAGUUGUUCCCAGACAACAAGAAUGGGAGCCGGGUCCUGGUAACAACCAGGGUGCAUAAACUACUGGAAAAAUCAUUCAUUCAUCAUGAGAGACUUCGCCUGCUCAAUUCCGAGGAGAGCUGGUGCCUUCUUCGCGAGAGGGUAUUUGGCGAUCGGGAGCCGUGCCCUCGUGAGCUUGAGGAGGCCGGAAAGAAGAUUGCCAAGAAUUGUGAGGGCCUUCCUCUCACAAUACUCACGGUCGCUAGUCUCAUAGCUGGUCAAAGAAAUGCAAAGUAUUGGACUGAUGUAGCAGAAAACCGAAAUUCAGUCUUCACUGAGGCGUACGACCUGAUAUCGGAUGUACUACUCCCGAGCUACAACCACUUGCCCCAGCAUUUAAAGGCAUGCUUUCUUUACAUGGGCAUUUUCCCCCGAGAUUACGAGAUCCCCCGUUCGAAGCUCUUUCAUUUGUGGUUUGCCGAGGGACUUGUGGAGUCCAGUAGGUCUGAACCAGCGGAGGAUUUGGUCUCCGAGUAUCUGGAAGACCUUGUAUCUAACAGUGUUGUCAUGAUCCGCCAGAAGGGCUCAGUUUCUCACCUCAACUUACCAUCAUAUUACGUAAUCAAGACCUGUGGCCUCCAUUCCGCUUUUCGCCACCUGUGCGUGAGGGAAGCUGAGGGGAACAAAUUUUUCCACAUUUUCAACCGUCUUGAAGAUGGUUUAGUGCAUAAGACAAAUGGCCACCGCCGUUUGUGUAUCCACAAUAACGUCUUGCUCGGCAUAAAAAAUGUUUAUAACUCUGUGGGGUCUGUUCCCAGUGCACGCUCUCUCCUAUGCACCGGCCCAUACCAUCAGUACCCGGUGCCAGUAUGUUUCGGUCGUUUAAGACUUUUGACGGUUGUUGAUGCUGUUGCGCUCCGUUUUUACGAGUUCCCUUUGGAAGUAUUGAAACUAGUUCAGCUGAGGUACCUUUCACUCACUGUGAACGAAAACCUACCCCCUUCGAUAUCUGACCUUGGUAAUCUUGAGUACCUGAUUGUCCUUCAACACGUGAGCAUUGUGCCCUGUGAGACCCCAUCAUAUCUACCUUUGGCGAUAUGGGAUAUGAAAGAGAUCAAGCAUCUUCAGGUUAAAGGACGCGACUUGCCGAGUCCUUCUGAGCGUGGCGCCUUCUUGCCAAAUCUCUCGACGCUUUUGGAUGUGAGUGCUCACAGCUGUACCAAAGAUGUUCUUCGCAGACUCCCAAAUCUAUGUAAAUUAAGGAUUCAGGCUGAAGUUGGGUCGGAUGAUGCUCAUGCAGCGGUGGAGUUCCUGCUGACGAAGGUGACGGAGGUGCUGACAUGGUACACGGAUCUGAUAACGGGGGCAGAGAACGACCUGCAGCAGCUGAACAAUGAGCUGGGCAUGUGCAAGUCCUUCCUUUUGGACGCCGCCAGAAGGCCCAAGAAGGAGGAGUUUUUCCGGGAGAUUGAGAGGCAGAUCCGAGAGGUGGUCUACGAUGCGGACGACACCAUCGACUCCUGCCUCACUCAGGCCAACAGGGCCAAGGCCAGGGCCAAAUCCAAGUCCAGUAAGCUCUCCAAGUGGGGGAAGAAGGUCGUCGACAAGGUUGACGUCAGCUUGCCUCUUCAGGUCAAGGCCCUCAGGACCGACAAAGUGGCCCCCGUCCUCGAAAAGAUGAAGCUCUACCUGGAGACCCACGACAGCGGAUCCGGCUCCUCCGGCACCACCUAUGAUGAGUCUCCCUCACAUGCGUUUGAGCCUUGGCACGAGCUGGACAUUAUCUCCAUCAUCGGCAUGCCCGGCCUUGGCAAGACAACUAUCGCUUACAAGGUAUACGAAAGCCAAGUGAUCAGGCGAGAGUUCCCGGUGCGCAUAUGGGUGUACGUGACUCAGGUCCUUAACCGCAAGGACGUUCUCCUCACCAUCCUCAAGGACUUCACUAGCCAGGACCUGUCCGCCUGGACGGAGCACCAGCUCACCCAGGAGGUCCGCCGCCGCCUCACCGGUGCCGGCCGCUUCCUCCUCGUGAUGGACGAUGUCUGGAGCGUCGAGGUCUGGAACGCCAUAAGCGAUGUCCUCCCG